UGCGCGAGCCGCUCCGGGACCGCGCGGCGCCCUGCACCCCGCGGGGCGGCCGCGGCGUGGGCCGGACCGAGGCGGCGUCCCCCCAUCCCCAGCCCAGCGGUUCCCACUGGCAAGAUGGUGCCCCGCUGUCCCCGCGCGCUCCUGCUGCUGCUGCUGCUGCUGCUGCUCGCCGGCCCCGCGUCGCGGGCUUCCCAGAACUGUCUCAACAAACAGCAGCUCCUCACGGCCAUCCGCCAGCUGCAGCAGGUGCUGAAGGGCCAGGAGACGCGCUUCGCCGAGGGCAUCCGCAACAUGAAGAACCGGCUGGCUGCACUGCAGAACUCUGUGAACAGAGUGGGCCCAGACACCCCCCCAGUUUCCUGCCCUGCUCUGAACGCCCCUCUGGAUGGCAGAAAGUUUGGAAGCAAGUACUUAGUGGAUCACGAAGUCCAUUUUACCUGCAACCCUGGCUUCCGGCUGGUUGGGCCCAGCAGCGUGGUGUGCCUUCCCAACGGUACCUGGACGGGGGAGCAGCCCCACUGCAGAGACAUGAGCGAAUGCUCCAGCCAGCCUUGUCAGAAUGGCGGCACGUGUGUAGAAGGGGUCAGCCAGUACAAAUGCAUCUGUCCUCCCGGGAAGACGGGGAGCCACUGUCAGCACCAGGCCCAGACAGCCGCCCCGGACGGCAGCGUGGCCGGCGACCCCGCCUUCAGCCGCGCGCCGCGCUGUGCGCAGGUGGAGCGGGCGCAGCACUGCAGCUGCGAGGCCGGAUUCCACCUGAGCGGCGCCGCCGCGGGCGACAGCGUCUGCCAGGAUGUGAAUGAAUGCGAGCUCUAUGGGCAGGAGGGACGCCCCCGGCUCUGCAUGCACACCUGUGUGAACACCCCGGGUUCCUACCGCUGUGCCUGCCCCAGCGGGUACCAGACCAUGGCCGACGGGAAGAGCUGUGAGGACGUCGAUGAGUGUGUGAGCCCCCAGCACGUGUGUCCCCGGGGAACCAUGUGCAUCAACACCGGUGGAGGCUUCCAGUGCGUCAGCCCAGAGUGCCCCGAGGGCAGCGGCAACGUGAGCUACGUGAAGACGUCUCCGUUCCAGUGUGAGCGAAACCCCUGCCCCAUGGAGAGCAGACCGUGCCGCCACUUGCCCAAGACCAUCUCCUUCCAUUACCUUUCUCUGCCCUCCAACCUGAAGACGCCCAUCACGCUCUUCCGCAUGGCUACGGCCUCAGCCCCCGGCCGACCCGGACCCAACAGCCUGCGGUUUGGGAUCGUGGGUGGGAACAGCCGAGGCCACUUUGUGAUGCAGCGCUCAGACCGGCAGACGGGGGAGCUGAUCCUCGUCCAGACCCUGGAGGGGCCUCAGACGCUAGAGGUGGACGUCGACAUGUCAGAAUACCUGGACCGCUCCUUCCAGGCCAACCAUGUGUCCAAGGUCACCAUCUUUGUGUCCCCUUAUGACUUCUAAGGCAGCUGUGGGAUCACUGCAGUGCAGAGAUCUGGGCUCAUCUCUCUUCCUCAGAGAUUCAGCUGUGGGCCCUGACUGCCACAGACCUCUCUCCCCACCCUGCCCUGCCCUGUCCCUGCCCACCUGCCCACCUGCCCGUGCCCCCAGGUUUCUAGGGCACCGCGCACACUCCUCCAUGGAGUGGCACAGAAGGGCAGCCACGGGACCCAGACUGCUGCCAUCACCGUUUUCUUUCUGCUUUAAGCUCUUCCUGUAGAUUAUGCACUAACCUUCUCAAGUCUUUUUUACAAGGAAAUGGGCGGUUUUUCAAAAUGCUGGGUGAAUGGCUUUGUGAGUUUGAACCAGCUGGGGAGGGAAAAGCUUAUGAUAUGUGUCUGGGAUGACUGUCAGCCCUCUGCAUUGUUGUAGUCAAGCCUCUAGCAUGCUGAGGGCCGGAUCAUGCCCCUGCACGUGUGGGCAUAGGGACUGGGUCUCCUGCCACAGCCUGGCAUAUUGUUCUUGUCUGCAUUCCCUUCUGUGACAUGCCUGCCGGGCUUCUCAUCAGAAAGCCGUGGCAGGGCCUGGAACCCCCGUGCAGAUUCUUCUAGACCAAGGAACCAACAUUAAAGCAUAAGUUCUGCCUGAA